AUGAGCUUGGCGCUGAGGAGGUCAUAUGCGCAGCAUGCAUAUCAGAAGACGCUGCAUUUGAGCAAGACAAAGUUUCCCAACAGGUCGGUGCUGGCGAACAGUUUGGAGUUGUUGCCCUUGUGUUCUGAUCGGGUGUACACUGAACAGCUGGAGCGGUUUAAGAGGGAAUUGGGCGCGGUAGAAGGUGAGGAUGAGAAGCUGGCUGCUGUGCGAGAGAGGCUUUUUGUGCUGCACGAUGGCCCGCCGUAUGCGAACGGUGAUUUGCACCUAGGCCACGCGCUGAACAAGAUAUUGAAAGACUUCGUCAACCGGUUUCAAUUGAGUCAGGGGAAAACCGUUUACUAUCGUCCUGGAUGGGAUUGCCAUGGUUUACCUAUUGAGAUGAAGGCUUUAAAGGACCUUAGGGAUGCAGACAAGAUGGACUCCGUCAAGGUUAGGGAGCUGGCCAGGCAACAUGCGCUCCGAUCGCUGGAUAAGCAAAGGGAUCAGUUCAAGAAAUAUGGUAUAUUGACCGACUGGAGUGAUCCAUAUGUGACCAUGGAUAAAAGCUUUGAAGUGAAUCAGCUCAAGGUCUUCCAAAAGAUGUUUAACAUGGGUCUGAUAAAGAGACAGAACAAACCAGUUUACUGGGGGACAGUGACGAAGACUGCACUUGCUGAAAGUGAACUAGAAUACAAUGAAAAGCAUGUGUCUACAGCAGCUUAUGUAAAGUUUCCGUUAACCGCAGAUUCCCGUGCGCACCUGCAAGAUAAGUUGAAGCUAGAAAAUGAACUUCAAAAUGAUCAGAUCUCAUGUUUAAUAUGGACAAGUACACCAUGGACAUUGUUUUCAAAUAGAGCUAUUUGCUUCAAUGAGAAUUUUUCAUAUUCGUUACUACAACUCGAUGGUUCAUAUGUCAUAGUGGAAAAUAAUCUGAUAAAUCAAUUGGGUUCAGAUCACAAAGGUGAGAUUUUGAAGACAUUUGAGGGAAAGUUACUAAAGGGCCUGUUUUAUUACAAUCCAUUGGUGUCUGAUAUAGUCGCCAGACCUCUUAUUCAUGGUGACCAUGUCACGGAUAAUGCUGGUACCGGGUUAGUGCAUACAGCCCCAGGUCAUGGUCAUGACGACUAUUUUCUGGGCAUUGAAAAUGAUCUCGAAAUUUAUUCCCCUGUCGAUCAUGAAGGUAGAUAUAUUUUAAAUGAACUUCCGGAUAAUUGUAAGGAAUUACUUAUGGAAGGUGGAACUGGCUUAGGUAGAAAGGUUUUAGAUUCUGAAACAACGACUGUAAUCUUAGAUCUGUUAUCUAAAAAGCAAGCUUUGUUAAAGGCACACAAAUACACUCAUUCGUAUCCAUAUGACUGGAGAGCGAAAACACCUGUAAUAAUUAGAGCGACGCCUCAGUGGUUCGCUGAUCUACACGAUGUCAAGGACUUGGCUAUAAAAAGUUUAGAGAAAGUCGAAUUCUAUCCAAAGCGUGGCGAGAAUAGAUUAUCAAGUUUUAUCAAGAGUAGGAAUGAAUGGUGUAUUUCGAGACAGAGAUCCUGGGGUGUUCCAAUACCAGUAUUUCACAAUAAAUCUAAUCCAGAUAAGGUAUUAAUUAAUGAUGAACUCCUAGAAUACAUCAUCACUCGUAUAUCCAAACAUGGAAGUGACUUAUGGUUUUCUCCUGAAGAUGAUAUUAGUGACUGGUUUCCAGAGAAUUAUAGAACUAUGGCUAAAGACUUUAUUAAAGGUACCGAUACUAUGGAUGUGUGGUUUGACAGUGGUUCAACCUGGAAUAUAAUAAGGGAAUUUUACCAAAAGGAACUAGGUCUUUCAACAGUUCCUCAGCCACUAGCUAAUGUAUAUCUGGAAGGGUCAGACCAACAUCGUGGUUGGUUUCAGAGUUCCUUAUUAACGAAAGUCGCCUGCUCAAUGAGUGAAAUUGCACCUUACAAUGAGGUGAUCACUCACGGCUUUACUUUGGAUGAAAAGGGUAUCAAGAUGUCCAAAUCAAUAGGUAAUACCAUUUCACCUGAAUCCAUCAUUGAGGGAGAUAAGAAGAGGAACCUGCCUGCAUUAGGUAUUGAUGGUUUAAGGUAUUUCGUUGCUCAGGCAGAUUUUACCACUGAUGUAACUGUAGGACCUACAGUUCUGAAACAUGUAGCCGAAGCAUUGAAGAAAUGUAGGUUAACGAUGAGGUUUUUGAUCAGCAACUUAGAAAUAUCGAAAAGGUAUUCUUUGUUGAAUACUUCUGAACUUCGACCAGUAGAUAAGUAUGUCUUGGCAUCGGUUAACAAGCUUCUUGAAGAAACUAAAGAAUUAUACAAGGUGCAUAAUUUCUCGAAGGCGCUGGUGGCGUUACAAUUCCAUAUGAACAAUGAACUAUCCUCCUUUUAUUUUGACAUCUCCAAGGAUUCAUUGUACUCUGAUUCCAUAGAAAGUUUAAAAAGAAGACAAAUCCAAACUACGUUGUUUCAUAUUUACGAUGCUUAUAGAGCAAUGCUGGCACCCAUUCUUCCAAUUCUUGUUCAGGAAUCUUGGAACUUCUUACCCAAACAGUGGCUAAAUGGUGAUAAUGAAGCUGAAGCAGUCACUAGAAAGUGGCCAUCUCUAACUGAAAUUAAUCCAGAGGUUGUAAACGAAUUCAAGCAAGUGAUACUUCCACUUGUCAAGGAGUACAAAUCUAAAUUUGCUACGUUGGGUAAUCCUUCUAUAACAAAACCCUCACAAACUAAAGCUAUAAUCAAUUGUAGCAAAUCGACUGGCUACAGUAAUGAAGAAUUAUGUGAUGUCUUGCAAACCGCUGAGGUGGACGUUAACAUUGGUGAUAUGCCAUCGUCCAACUCAAUUACUUUAGAUAACGGUACAAGCAUAUCUAUAGAAGUUACGAAAAGUGAAAUGCAUAAAUGUCCUAGAUGCUGGAAGCACAAUUCCCCAGAAGUUGAUAGUUUAUGUCACAGGUGUGCUGAUUCCAUUGCAUCUGAAUAA